CGCACAGUAGGGGAAACAGUAGAAGCGAAUAAAUAUCCCACCACUAAAUUCCUUUCUCUUCGCAGAAGGGAGAGAAAAUGGAGUCACAAGCAACCGCAGGAGAAGACCAAGAAGACACCAACAACCCAAACACCACCCUAAUCGACACCUUCUGCGAAAUCACCUCCUCUUCCAAAUCCGAAGCCCAAUUCUUCCUCGAAAGCCACAACUUCGACCUCGACUCCGCCGUCUCCACCUACCUUGAAACCUCCCUCUCCACCAUCGAUAAUCACCCUCUCUCCACCAUCACCGCCCACCAACAACAACCUCUCUCUCCGUCACAGUCUCAGUCUCCAUCUCAUUCUUACUCUUCCUCUCAGUCUCCUUCUCGGUCCCGAUCUCCUUCUCCGCCGCCUACGAUUCGGUCGGCGGCGGGUACUCCGUACAAUCUGAGGUCUAGGCAGGGGAUGGAUGGUUCGAAGAAGAAGGCGUCUGGGAGUAGGGCUGGUGGGAUAAGGACGUUGUCGGAUCUGAAUCGGAGGGAGAGGGAUGAGUCUGGUAGUGACGAUGAUGAGCCUCAGGAGUACUACACUGGUGGUGAGAAGAGUGGAAUGCUUGUCCAAGAUCCAUCCAAAGGUAAUGAUGUGGAGGCUAUUUUUAAUCAAGCUGUAAAGUCAGGAGCUGUAGAAGGACCAGCUGAUCACCUCCGGCCGUCUUCAAGCUCAAGAACUUUCACUGGACCAGCGAGACUUCUUUCUGGAGAAACAGUGCCCUCUGCUCCACAGCGACCUGAAGCUGUUACUCACGACAUCAUUUUCUGGAGCAAUGGAUUCACAAUAGAUAAUGGUCCUUUGAGGAGUUUGGGGGAUCCUGAAAACGCAUCCUUCUUGGAGAGCAUCAGGAAGGGUGAGUGCCCAAAAGAAUUGGAGCCAGCUGAUAAAAGGACUGCUGUCAAUGUUAAUCUUAUGAGGAAGGAGGAAAACUGCCCUAUACCAGAGAAGCGCCAAGUUUCAUUUCAGGGUGUUGGAAGAACUUUAGGUAGCACACCAGUGGAGACAACUGCUGCUGCCACUGCUGCCCUCACCACUGCUCCUUCCCCAUCCAUGGGUCUAGUUGUGGAUCAAACACUACCUUCUACCUCGAUUCAGCUUAGGUUGGCAGAUGGUACACGCCUGGUUUCACGUUUCAACUAUCACCAUACGAUCAGAGAUAUCCGUGCCUUCAUUGAUGCGUCCAGCCCCGGUGGAGUAAGGACUUAUCAACUGCAGACAAUGGGGUUCCCCCCGAAACUGCUCUCUGAUCUGGACCAGACCAUAGAGCAAGCUGGCCUAGCCAAUUCAGUUGUUAUCCAGAAACUCUAGCAAGUCGUGUAAUUUGUUGUCCAUUUGUUUCAACUGAUACAUCACUGGUAUAUCAAAACUCACUGUGUGUGUUCCUUGAAUCGAUAAAUCUUUGUGUUUUUAAGAUGAUAGGUACAUUUUGCUGGGGGAAAUAUUCCUAUUUACAUGGAUUCAGGAUGAUUUUUGAUGUGCCUUCAGCGUGAAGGGUCCUUAAUUUACCGGCCAAAACGUACCAAUAUGAAUUCUAUUUGUUCAAUACGAUCUGUUAUAGUAG